CGCCCUCGCACUCCAUAAACCUCAAGUAUACUUCGAACCCUCCACUCCCAAUAAGAAAGUACCGCCAUUUUCCAAGGCAUUCACGCCCUCACGGCCAACAGCCGCCUUAGAUCCUAGGAGUCUUCUCUUUCUCGCAAACGCUUCUCUUCUCUUGGGUGUGGUUCUGAUGGCGAAGGGUGACGAUGCAAUACAAAGAAAGAAGAACAAAUCGAAUCGGAAGAAACUCCACAAGGACUCAUCCUCCUCUGCUGUCUCUGCUCGUGUUGCCGCCAUUAUCGCCUCCAAGAAGCGUCGCAAAUCCGGAAAACGCCGCAUCUGCGAGGGAAUGUGUUUUAGCCUUCCUACUCCUGAGGAUCCAUUCAAUGAGAGACAUGAGAAAAAGGAUAGUAAAAGACAAAAAACAAAGAAGCUUGUGCCUUCACGGCAAGAUGGUGGACUUUCCUCCAAUGGGACCAAUACAGCUCUGACGAAUGGAACUCUGGAUGGGAAUCAUGUAAAUGUAGAUCAUCAAGAACUGAAAAGGCAUGUCAAAAAUAUAAAGAAUGAGCAGAAAGAGGUUCUUCCGUCCAUUGAUAAUGUGGGAGGGAAAUCAGAAAAAGGUAAGAUUCCUCUGCCAGGGAAGGGUAGGAUUGUCCAUGGUCAACAACAACAGUCCUGUGAAAACUCAGAUUGUCCAUCAAAGUUUCUCAUUCUGUGCUUGAAGUCAAUCCAGAGUGCAUUGCAGCAGGAUGUUAUCUUCAAUUUCAAAGAAGACAAGCCUUUAUUUGUUAAUGAAUGGGGAGUUGAGUUCUGGAAGUGUUAUUCAUCCGGUAUUAAUAUAUUGGAGACAAGUGGAGCUUGUUCUACCUUGGAGCAAAUUGCUUGGAUGAUUUCUACUGCUGCUGAUACUAUUGCAAGAAAGGAGAAAGAAGGUCUAUUCCUCACUAGCCCCUUUCUUCUAUUCCUUGUACCAUCCCAAGAGAAAGCUGCCAAGGUCCGUGCAGUGUGCAAGCCUUUGAAGGCUCUGGGAAUACAUACAGUGAGUUUACAUCCUGGUGCCUCCUUGGAUCACCAGAUUCAUGGCCUAAAAAGUUGUGAGCCUGAAUUCCUUGUGGCCACACCUGAGAGACUUUUGGAGCUUAUUUCCUUGAAGGCCAUUGACAUAUCUGGUGUCUCCUUAUUGGUUGUUGACGGACUGGACACUCUCUGUAAAGGAGGCUACCUUGAUAUGAUUAAAUCUAUUAGGCAGUCAAUUUCUGGAAAUCCCCAUGCGGUUGUUUUCAGUGAACGCUCAAGCUGUACCUCUGUUCCAGGUGUAGAAGAUCUCCUUAGAGGAUCAUACUGUAGAUUACCUCUUAAAGGUUCAAUUAAUAAUCAAAGUGCUUGCAUUGCUCAGUCUAUACAUGCGUGAAGAAAAACUACUAAAGGUAUGCUUAUCACUUGGUUUUUAUGCAAAAAUUGUAUGAUCAAAUUUUGACAGCAGAACAACUCAGCCGUUGGUGAUUGAUUCAGAGCACAUGAGCACCACCUAGAAUAGUUCGUGAUCUUGACUUCAAAUUGGCCAUAUCCAAUUCUCGCAGAGAUGGGCGGCUGCACUUUCAAUUGUUUGUUACAUAGCUGUUUUUAUAGCAAGAGAAGAUGUUGCACCACUUGCAGGACCAUGGAUUGAUAUUGUGAAUGAGUGCAGGAAGCUCUAUCUGACUGAAGCCCCCGGGAUAUUUAUGACACUCCACAUCAUGGCUUUUGAGAUGCUGGAGUUACAAUUCUCUUUAAGAAUGUUGUAUCAUUCGCAUUUUUGCCUGAAAAUGCAAUUAGAUCAAAUAUCAUGAACCCUUAUAUUUUGUUUUUCUGCAUCAUGACCCUUCCUAACGUCACUGACCGGGCUAAAUUUUGUUUACAAUUUUGGCAUUGUGCGACUUCAGGUAUGUCUCCUGUAACACACAAUCUCAGCAUCCACAUGAAGAUAGUGAGUAUUAGUGCUAUUGUGUAAUUUAUAAUGUUUUCAGAACCAAGAAUUGAUAAAGUUCAUGAUUCAUUAUUCGGAUCCGUGAUUGAAUUACGGUUGAA